AUGCAGUCUGUCUCCUCAGAAUCAACCUUAUCAGCAGACGAGCCCGAAGCUUCAGCCAUUGAGCUCCUGCAUGACCAUUGUCUUGAGCUUACCCCAGAUGGGAGAUAUGUGCGGUGGUUGGGAGAUCACCCAAGACAUCCUCGAAAUUGGUCUGGCCUACGGAAGACUUACGAUAUUGUCCUUAUCUGUCUCCUGGAUCUUUUCAUAUUUCUUCUCGGCCAGGUGGCAGGCACCAUCUUAUUUCCCCCGUGGUCGGAGACAUUUGGGCGCAAGAACAUGUACAUUGUGAGCAGUGGUCUCAGCGCCAUUUGCUGUAUGAUCAUUGGUCUCGUACGUUCUAUGCCAGUCGUUAUCAUCAUGCGCAUCAUCGCCGGGCUUCUUUCUGCGAUCCCUUACACCAUCAUCGGCGGCAGUAUCGAGGACAUGUUCAACUCGCAUGCUCGAAUAUGGGCCAUGUACUAUUGGACAAUUGCUUCAAACAUUGGACUCAUUCUUGGACCCAUCAUGAGCAGCUAUAUUGUUGCAGGUCUUGAUUGGCGAUGGAACUUUUAUAUCUUUGCCAUAAUUGUUGCUGCAAUUACAGGUGGCCUCUGCUUCAUUCGGGAAUCUCGACCUUCCUUGUUACUGGCCUAUGAAGUGAAACGGGUCACCGAUAUGGCCACUGUGCAAUAUAUCCCACCGCCACUCAACCACGACCAUAUCCCGGAUCUCAACACAUUUGUAAAAGAAGCCCUCUUUCGCCCAGCCCAGCUCUUCUUCCAAGAACCCAUCAUUUUCGUCAUCGCAAUGAUGAUAUCGGUCGCCAUGUCCCUCAUCUACAUCUUCACAGAAGCCCUCCAACCCAUAUACGAGUCAAUGGGAUUUGCAAAAUCAGACGCUUCACUAAUGUUCAUCGCUAUCGGUCUGGGGACCUGUCUCAGCACAUUGACCCGUAUGCUAGACAGCUACAUUCUCAACUAUUUCCACAGACAGGGACGCCCUAUUAAGCCGGAAUACAAGCUCGUCGGGCUAGGCCUUGGUGGUCCAUUCCUGGCAAUUGGUCUGUGGUGGUUUGCCUGGACUAUUCCACCUGAGACCCAAACUCCGUGGCUCGUGCCCACGAUUUCCCUCGUUCUGGUGGGCUAUGCGCUGACGGAAAUGGAUACCGUGCUGUAUGGGUAUAUCUCCGAUGCUUAUCUGAGUUACUCGGCCAGUGCCACCGCUGCUGUUGCAUUCAUGCGAGCGCUGCUGUCGGGUGCCUUUCCGUUGUUUACACCUCAGAUGUUUGAUCGGUUGGGAAAUAAUGUUGCUAUGUCUGUGCUUGCUUCUGUGGCAACUGCGUUUUGUAUAGUACCGCCUGUGUUUAUCUGUUAUGGAGAGCGGAUUCGUCGGGCGAGCAAGUUUGCUCGGUAUAGCUGGGAAAUCCAGGAGGAGCUGGGUAAAGAAAAAGAAGGUUGGUGA